AUGGGCCCUUUGAGUUUCCGACAUUCUUUUACAAGGGAUAGACUUCACCGAAAGAGGGUUCUUAUUGCUCUUGACGAUGUGGAUAAUUUAAUGCAAUUGCAAGAAUGGAAAGAAUUGAUUUUGAAACAUCAAUCUUCAUUUGGUCCAGGAAGCAAAAUUCUGGUAACAAGUAGAGAUAAGCAAUUGCUUAGGGAAAUGGUUGGUGAAGAGUGCAUAUAUGAGGUUAAGGGAUUGAACCUUGAAGAAGCUUUUCAACUUUUUAGCAUGAAAGCCUUCAAUAGUAGAAAUCCAACAAUUGAUCAUGAAAAUUUGUUGGGAAGGACAAUAGCUUUUGCACAAGGCAACCCAUUAGGUCUUAUUGUUUUGGGUUCAGCUUUGUUUGGUAAAAGCAAUGAAGAAUGGCAUAGUGCAUUGAAUAAAUUAGCUCUAAACCCUCAAAUUGAAAAUGUAUUGAGGAUUAGCUAUGAUGGACUUGAUUACGAACAACAAUCUAUAUUUCUUGAUAUAGCAUAUUUUUACAUAGGAUGGGAGCGAAAGCAUGCUACAAGAGUAUUAGAAAGUUGUUAUCCGUCUGCACUAUACAAUAUAAGCACCCUCAUCGAUAAGUACCUCAUAACAUCUUCUUAUAACACGUUACAAAUACAUCAUUUACUACAAGAAAUGGCAUUGAGCAUUGUUCGUGCAGAAUCUAAGAAUCCUGGCGAACGUAGCAGGUUGUGUGAUCCUGAUGAUGUUGUUCAUGUACUGAAGAAAAAGAAGGAAAGUGACCGAAUUGAAGGCAUAUCUUUAGACACAUCCAAAUUAUCGAGAGAGAUGCACUUGGAAUCUGAUGCUUUUGCUAAGAUGGAUUGUCUUCGAUUUCUCAAAUUCUAUGGUCACCGUCGCCUCACUAGAAUUCACCUUCCUUCUAGUGGUCUCAAAUAUCUUUCUGAUGAGCUGAGAUAUCUAUGUUGGGAUGGAUUUCCUUGUAAAUCUUUGCCACAAAAUUUUUGUGCUGAAAACCUCUUUGAGCUCGAAUUUUGGAGGAGUAAGGUUGAAAAACUUUGGAAAGGAGAACAGGAUCUUGUAAAUUUAAGAAGAAUCCAACUCCGUGAGUGUGAAUGUCUGACGGAAUUGCCAGAUCUAUCAAAGGCCAAGAAUUUAAAAGUUUUAAAUCUCGUUGGCUGUAAUAGUUUAAUUGAGGUUCCGCCUUCCCUUCAAUGUCUUGAGGAGCUUGAAGUACUCGAUGUCGAUGGAUGCUGCAAUGUUAGAAGUCUUCCAAGUAGGUUUGAUUCAAAGAAGCUCAGAGCAUUUACUAUGACUAAAUGUCUAGGUCUCAGUAAGUGUCCAGAGAUCAUUUCACGAAAUAUGAAAAAAUUGAAGUUAAGUGGAACCUCAGUAAGAGAAGUGGCUGGAUCAAUUACUAGUACGUUGGAACAACUUUAUCUAACUGGUUGCUCAAAUAUUUCCAAGUUUCCAGAGGGUUUACGGGAUAUAAUAGAUUUAGGUCUAAGUAGGACAGCUAUAGAAGAGGUGCCCUCCUCAAUCCAGUUUCUCACUAGACUGAAAAUAUUGGGUCUGCGGGGUUGCUCAAAACUGGAGAGCUUCCCAGAUACUACGGAGCCUAUAAAAUCUUUACGUCGUCUUGAUUUGGCUAAAACUGGUAUUAAACAGCUGCCCUCAUCAAUUAAGUAUCUCAUAUCUUUGGAAUAUCUGAAUAUAGAAGGAACGCCUAUUAGAGAGCCACCAGAGGUUCCCCCUUCACUAAUGUUUCUAAUUGCACGUGACUGUGCAUCACUAGAAACCAUAUCAACCGUCAAUUUACGGAGUGGCGGGAUUCAUUGGCGUUUUUCAAAUUGCUUCAAAUUGGAUCAGAAAGCACUGUCAGCAGAUAUGCAUUUGAAACUUCAGUCUGCAAAGAUAAAAAAUAUGACAAUGAUUUUAACGGGGAGUGAAAUUCCAGAAUGGUUUAGUGGUCAAGGUGUGGGGUCUUCCGUAACCAUACAGUUUCCCUCAAACUGUCAACAGCUCAAGGGAUUUGCUUUCUCCAUCGCCUUUCUAUUUCCCUCAAACUGUCAACAGCUCAAAAGUGAAGUUUCAACAGAAUUGUGUUGCCGUGUCAAAACUAAAAACGGUGAGCAUGAGGGCUUCAUUUGCGUGUCAAUUCAGGAUCGCACACCAUUUUACUCAGAUCACAUGUUGUUACAGUACGAGGCCGCAGUAUCAGAAAAUCAAUUCAGUAAAUUUUUUGGCAAAGAGAAUGUAUUCGGUAAAUAUUCUGGCAAUGAAGUUACAUUUGAAUUCCACCCCUUUAAUAUGCUGUGUACGAAGGGUGAGAUCGAAAAGCUUUGCAAGGUGAAAAGGUGUGGGGUAUAUCUUCACUUCGAUGAAAAUCUACCUAGCAAGAAGUACUCUGAUGAGUAA